AUUUGGCUAGAGACUCGAGUAAGUUCUAAGCACCUUGAGUUUACUCGAGUCUAGCCAAAUUACUUGCACACUGUGGCCGAAGAAUAAGGUAACCUUGAGUCACAAGACUCCGGUAUAAUGAUUGGUGGCAGUAGUCUUGCAAAUAAUAUGGACGCCAUGGGUGAUGGGCCAGAAGUCCAUGAUAGGAACAUCGAUGAUAUCCUGGCCCGUGCUGCAGAUGGUUCGGACGAAUCACAGUAUAAAGCGGGCUUGCAUUUCGAAUCUCUUGCUAAGUCUGGAAUCGACAAAGAGGCGAAUGCCAUCGAAGCAGUUCAUUGGUUGAUACAGGCCUCUAAACAAUGCCAUGUUGGUGCAACUGAAAAAUUGUCAGUGUGUACAGAGUCAGGUUUUGGUAUAACCAAAGACAACAAGGGGGCUGUCCAAUGGUGUGUUGACACGAACAAUGUAGAGAAAAAACUACGGAGUGCGGCAAGGAAUAUGUUUCGGUCUAUUAAUCCUCUUGCGCGGGCGACUGAUCAACCACAUGGAAAUGGCGGAAAAUUUGAACCAGCAAUUCUGGAGAUCACAGAUGAAGAAAAGAAAAUCUUAGAAAACUCAGGUAUAAUAGGUGAUAUUGCCGACCUAACAGAAGACGAGUUUGUCGAGAGGAUUAGCGAGGAGUUGGAGAAAAUGCGUGCUGGGGAAGCAGACGAGACAAAAGUGAUGGAGGAGUUUGAAAACUUAGAUUUUACAAUGAAGAUAGUAAAGUACCCUGGUCUUUCAAGUAAAGUAGCCAUAGAUUUCGUAAUAGAGAAUGCAUCUGUGACGGAUCUCCUGCUUGCUAUGGUUCCAGUGGAUCAAAUCUUCGUGAUCGUCUGCUUUAUUCUGUACAGCCUCGUUUCCAUUGACAUGGUGACCUUCACGAUUCCAUUGUUCGUAUUCUACAUGUCUCUUGGAGUAAUGAUCACAUCUACUUUGCAAAUGUUCAAAGCAAGGAGAAGGACAAGAUCUUUGACGAAUUGGUCUAAUGUUUUAACUCGAUUCCAAAGUAGCGUGGCUGAGGAUACUGAAUCAAAAUUCCGUUGGAGUUCUAUGCGGCCAUAUUGGAGCUUCUUCAUCGGAUUAAUGGGAUUGGUGAUAACGUUUUCUAUGACUGAUAAAGGCUGGAUACCAUGCUCCGAACUGAGUAUGAUAUCAUUUUUCCUUUCUGCAUGUUGUUUUACAGCAUUGAGUGACCACCAUGAUCAUUUCGCCAUCGCUGCUAUGGUGCUUGAGUUGAUAUCAAAUAUAUCGUCAUUCAUUGACAAAGUUCCCGAGAACCAUUGGGCAACUGAGACGCUUGAGAUUCUCGUAACAUCAUGGUAUAAGAUCGAAGUAUAUGACGGAACUUACAUCGAUAUCAGCGUCCCUUCGGUGUCAUAUAUGCUGAUAGGUUUGACUUUCCUACGUCUAGCCAUGAUGAAUAAUGGGCAAGGUGUGUAUAAGCGUCUUAUUCCACACUUGGUGUGUUUUUUCUGGUGGCAGGUUGGGGUAAUGCUGUACAGAUACGCCACCUGGUUUGGAUUCGCUAGAGCUUGUGUAGGAUGGUUAACAAUACUCCUGCUACUACCUUUAUUUGGUGCUUUUAUAUUCUGCUGGGUGAUCUACUAUUCAUGGUAUAUGCUGACACACAAAUUGUUCCUACGUUAUGCCACUACAUGCGCUCUUGUUCUCAUUCCAACAUUGGUGAUCAUCAUUGGCUUGAAACUGUCUUCCAUCGAUUGGUCCAAAAUAACGAAAAGAGCUAAAAUGAUAUUAGGCAUAUCUUGCGUGGUUUUAUUGGUGUCGGCUCUCUCUGGUGGAACGAUAUACGCGAUGUCUGAUGAAGAUGUUGAUGCUAUUAAAGAAAUCAAACUUGUGGACUGGGAUACGUAUGAUGAACUAUGUGGAAAAUCUGCUUGGGCUAAAACAAACAUUGCCGAUGUUAAAAUAAAAUGUGCACAUUUUGUCGGUGCUAAGGUUGCUUUUAAGGGUCGUAUAAACGAUGUUGAUGUUAACAUUGAAAACAGUGUAAAGAAGAUUUUGGAUUCAUUUCCAACGGGACUUGCAGAGUGGUUUAAAUGCGCUUAUGGACAGAGAUAUAACCCAUGUUCCAAGGAAACUGAUCCAAAUGCUCUAAACUACUGUAGAAUUAGAAGUUUGCAACCAAGAGCUUGUCAUGUACAAAACCAGAACUCAUACACGUUUAAGGUCAAAGUUCAAAUUCUCGAAGACGAUUCUCUCGUCACCCUGAUUGCAGGCGAUAGUUUUAAGGCAUAUAUGCUGUCAGCAAAGGUUGGACACGAGAUAUCAUUCCAUGCGAAACUCAAGGAUAAUAUAGGUGGUAGAGAUCCUAUCCUUCAGCUUACACACGUACACUCUGAGAGGUCACGUGAGAACGAGAAUGACUUUGAUCGCGAUGACGUCACGGAAGAGGAAACCUCUCUUCUUGAUACAUUGAUUCGGUCUCUUGAAUUUAUGUCAGAUUUCCUACUUUUUCCCCUUGUCAUUCAUGAAUGAUAAUCAGAAUACUAUCGGACAACGUUCAAUCACUUUAAUGCCUGACUAUGAUAUUAUGUUAUACUUUAAGUUGAUUCUCGUUAGCUUCACUGUGUAAUGAUACUUUAAUUACAUAUAAACAACUAAAUUAUUAAUGCCAAAGUCUAGGAAUAUACUGUAGAUAUAGGAUUGUUAUCAUCACAGCUGACAUGGUUUAAUUGGGAAUUUCAAUUGUACUUAUAUUUUCAGCGUUUUAGAUUUGAAUAAUUUUGAAUUCAGUUUGAAUAAUUUUGAAUUCCGAUAAAAAUAUUAAAAUAAAAGUAAUCUAAAGUCGUUUACAGGUACUUUAAUACAAUAGAAUCAAAAAAAUUGUGCAUGACCUAACACAGAUAAAUUUGGUAAUAAUGGUUUCUAAAUAUAUGUGUUCAGACUCUUAGAUAAGAUAAUUAACGGUAAUGAUACCAAAAUAAAAGUGAAGUACUUUAAUGUAAUAAUAUAAUUAUAUUUACAAUUAACCAUAAUUUUGUAGUGA